AAUCUUAUCGCCUUGUCAAAUGUCAAAUUCACAACUUUCAACUUUGUAGGUUAACAUAAAAUAUUUUUUUGUAAUUUAAUAUAAAUAAUAAUGGUAAAGACGAUUAUAGUUGACGAAAACCUACUAUUAUAUCUGACUGGUGUAUCACAACAAAAUGCAUAUGCUGUAGGAUUAAUUUUAGGACAGUCGUGUUUGGGACAAGAGUAUGUAAUUCAUUUUGCAAAAACCCCACCUUGUCAAUCGGAAGAGGAUAAAAAACUUGGCAAACCACCUAUAGAACUAGGAAGUUUGACUGAUGUUAAUGGGAAUUGGUUGGCUGAUCAUGCUAGACAAGCUACCAGGAUGCUCUCUGGGGGUCUACAUGUCUUAGGAUUAUUUGUAAUAAGCCCAGACGAUUGCUUAAAUCCGUUGAAUCAAAAAAUUAAAUCACUUCUACAAAUUGUCCACAAUGAUUUAAAUAACAACAAAUAUAUUUUUGGAAGUCCCAAAAGUGAAAAAUUGAUAAUACACCUUUCAUCAAAGACUCAAAAAUAUUACGGGAAGACUUAUGAUGUUCACAAUCAUAAUGUUUUACCUAUUGACAUCAAAACUCAGAAAAAAAAGUGGAUUCAAGUACAAUGCGAUCUCAAAUUGAAUAAACUUAGAUAUCUACUUAAAGACGAAUGUGAUUGGCCGUUAGAAAAACAUAUCAAGGUCAUUAUGGAUGAAAUUAAUGGUACAUUACAGUCAGCGAUAUAUUUAUUUGAUGGGGAAUUCAAAGACAAAAGUGAUACUUUAGAAUCGAUAGGUACUAAGAAAAUACGACAUUCUAGAACAAAGAGAGGUGUACAAGAUGAUGCUGAAACUUUAAAACCAUUAAAAGUGUCCAUUUUACAAACUAAGUGUGGGCAAACUGUUUUGUACGAAAAUAUAACAGAUAGUUGCGGUAAUAUACAGUUAGUUGGAAAAGUGGCCUGUAAACUUUGGUUACAACCGAAAUUAACAAUUAACGAAGCAGCAGAUGCUGUCAGGGAAGAUAUUUUAAGGAGUUUAGCUGCAAGGUUAGAAAUGCACUGGGACUCUUUAACGGAGGAGGAAAAUUCUGAGGAUAUAAACAGUGUUCAUGAACCUCCAAGGCGAGUUCUUAUUUCACUACCGAAUAGUGAGGUAGCUCUUUCAGACUAUCUAUUUCCAGGCGAAGGUCCUCAAGAAGCUAAAAUGUCUUUGGAGGAACUUUUAGAUAUUAAAAUUGAUGGGAAAUUGGAUAUAACUGAUGUCGAAGGGCAAGCAGAUUCAUUGGAAGUUAACAAAUAUUACAAAAGUGCCUUAAAUUGUGAUUUUAUUGAAGAUUUGCCGAAAAUUACUAAUCCUGUAAAUAAACUGAUGUAUGUAGGACUCGCGAUGUCGUUAAUUAUACUACUUAUAGCUAUAAUGUUCAAUUUUUUUUAAUUUAAAUCCGCAAUUUGUUGAUUUGUUUUUUAUUUAAAAAUGAAUGUAAUUAUUUUAUAAUAAAAAUACGUGUACUGGUUA